GUCAGCCUGAAAGGUUCCAGCACUGCAAGGGCUGUGAAAUCUCCAAAUCCAUUUGAAACCAGGAGUGGCCAGCAAAUGCAGAUAACCUUGAAAGAUGUUGACAGUGUUUCACAGGCAGGAGGAAACAUAGUGUUUCAGUUAAGGUCAACGUCAUCUCUCUCCAAGGUGUCCUACCAGAUCAUCUCCAGGGGAACCAUACACUCAGUGGGUGAACAGGUGUUUGCCAGUGCUGCUACCAGGCAAGAGUUCACCAUCACGGCCGAUAGCAAUAUGGCACCCAAAGCUAGAAUUCUGGUCUAUUUCCUCACUGCUGAUGGUGAAAUGAUUGUUGACAGUGUUGAUUUUACUGUAGAGGGAGCUUUUAGAAAUGAUGUGUCUGUGCGUUUUACCAACCCAUCAAACACAGAAAUUACGCAAUCCGAAUUGGGUAAGGAUGUGACCUUUGAAGUGACUGCCGCUGCUGGGUCAUUUGUAGGAUGUCUUGCUGUGGACCAGAGUGUGUUGCUGCUAAAAUCAGGGAAUGAUAUCACACAGGCCGAGGUCUUGGCAGAACUGGAGGAGUACGAUGUAAAGGACACAAGUGGAGGGUUUAACCCCUGCUUAAGAGGCGAACCGUGUAUUAUGGCCAAGAGAAAGAAGAGGUCAUUUUGGUGGCCCUAUCCCAUUGGUGGAAAUAAUGCUUUUGAUUUGCUGAAGGAAGCAGGCAUGCUGGUAAUGACAGAUGCUUAUUUAAAAAAGGACCUAGUAUUGUACCCCAUCUUAGAGGAACGGCCUAUAGCAGGGAUUGGCGGUGGUAUAAUGGAUGGAGCUUUGGCCCCUGCUGAAGAUUCUUCUGAAUCUGGUCGUUUAGCUGCUGUAACAACCGUCCGUAAAGCAUUCCCCGAGUCCUGGCUGUGGAGUGAGAUGAUGGCAGGGUCUGAUGGGAGAGUAUCAUUUGAGACCAAGGUGCCAGAUACCAUUACUUCCUGGGUGGCAAGUGCCUUUGCCGUCAGUGACACAAUGGGACUGGGUGUGGGUUCCACCCCUGCUAAGCUGCGUGCAUUUAAACCGUUCUUUGUGACCGUUAACCUGCCGUAUUCAGUGGUAAGAGGAGAACAGUUGGAACUGAAGGCUAUAGUGUUCAACUACAUGGGAGUGGACCAAACUGUGACAGUUACUCUAAAAAGAUCCACAGCUUUUAAGGUUCAAGGAAAGGAAGAAUCAAGCAACAAGAUUGAUUCAGGCCUUGCCUUUGCUGAAGUCAAGAAUGUCAUAAAAGUACCAGCAGGUGGAGGCACUUCCACCUCCUUCUGGAUAGUUCCUCAGGACCUAGGUGGGGUCAAGGUCGAGGUGCAUGCCCAGUCCACCUCUGCAGCAGACGGGAUGGAGAAAAUGUUGCUUGUGAAGCCUGAGGGUAAACUCCAAGAAGUUGCACAAUCAUUCUUAGUGAACGUGACAUCAUCGACUCCAUUUCAACAAACCCUUCAGCUGCCUAUCGCAAAUGCCAGCACCCUCGUCCCUGGGUCAGAGUACAUCACUGUGUCAGCCAUUGGUGAUAUAAUGGGGUCUACCCUGGAUGGUCUGGAGAGGCUGGUGAGACAACCCACUGGCUGCGGGGAGCAGAACAUGCUGGGGCUGGUGCCCAACAUUGUGGUGAGAAAAUACCUGGAAGGUGUCAACAAACUGUCUGAUGACAUCCGUGCAAAGACGACCAAAUUCAUGAAAUUGGGAUAUGAGAGAGAGCUAAACUAUCAACAUGAUGAUGGGUCAUUUAGUGCAUUUGGGAAUAAUGAUAACAGCGGGAGCAUGUGGUUGACUGCAUUUGUGAUGAAAUCAUUCCACCAGCUGAAGAUGCUGAAUGACCCAGAAGUGUUUAUUGACCCAGCCAUUAUCAACAACGCUACAAGCUGGAUUUUGAAGAAACAAAGCAAAGAUGGUUCUUUUCCAGAGCCAGGAAAUGUUAUUCACAAGGAUAUGCAGGGUAAAGCAGGCAGUGGGACUUCCCUGACAGCUUAUGUGGCCUCUGCUUUAGCUGAAGCUCAGGCCUCAGUCUCUUCUUCGGACAGCGCCACCAGCUUGGCAGAUGCAAUGAGGUUCUUGGAGACCGAAUUAUCAUCCAUCACUGACCCAUAUAUUCUGUCCAUUAUGGCAUAUGCUUUUAUCAAAGCAGGCAAACAAUCCCUGGCUGACCAGACUUUGGCCAAACUGGAACCCAUGGCAACAGAAAAAGACGGAAUGAAGUUUUGGGAAGAUCAAAGUGACCCAAUGCCUGUGAGUGGCUCCCGUUUCUAUCACCAUCAGGCCAAGUCAUCGUCCAUUGAGAUGACAUCAUACGUCCUGUUGACGUAUUUGGCAAAGAGAGAUCUUAUCACUGGUGUACCCAUGAUGAAGUGGUUGACAUCUCAGAGAAAUGGGCAUGGAGGCUUCAGAUCCACUCAGGACACAGUUAUGGGUCUUACUGCCCUGGCGGAAUUUGCAGCUCUGUCCGGCAAUACUAAUAAAAACUUGCAGAUCACUGUUACCACUGAUCAGGACGUUGAAAGCUCUUUCACCCCAAUUACUGACCAGAAUGAUCUUGUGUUGCAAAAAAUACAGCUGGAGAAGAGCACAAGAGAAGUGACCAUAAGAGUGACCGGCACUGGUGUCGGCUUGAUUCAGGUGUCCUCCAUAUUUAAUGUAAAGGCAGGAGGAUAUAAGAAAGCCAAUUACAUCAAGACAUUCCCCGAAACUGGAGACUCUGGCAGCUCCAGUGAAAACAAUGGAAUUGCACUGAGAGUGAGUGUUCAAGAGUCCGAGGACAAGAAUAGCAUGGAAGCCCAAGUCUGUGGAAGGUGGACUGGUGUUGACAGAAGUGGCAUGGUUACCCUGGAGUAUGGGGUUGUCUCAGGGUAUGCAGCUGAUGCUGACCAACUUCGUAAGCAAGAUGGGAUUAAGAAAGUGGAGACUGAGGAUCAGAAACUCGUUGCAUAUUUUGAUGAGUUACCCACUGAUGAAAAAUGUUGGAUGGUCAAGGCUCAGAGGGUGGCAGCAGUGACCAAUGUCCAGGAGGCCCCCAUCACACUGUCAGCUUACUAUCAAAAUGAUGUGGAGACCACUGUGUUCUACCAGCCACAAGCUCAGAAAACCAUGUGUGAGGUAUGUCCAGAAUGUGUUGGUUGUACUAACACUGCUGGGCAGGGAGGAGGGAACAAAACAAGUGGGAGCAGUGCUGCCACCUAUGGAAUUGUUACUAUUGUCUUGGCAACACUUACAGCCAUUAUGUUUUAGCAGAUGUAUGAAGUGACUGGGAAAUAGACAUUCUUAAAAGAAGAAAAAGGAGCAUAAGUUUUACAUUUUACAGUGAAAAUAUUGAGAUAUUUAGAUAUUGAAUAAAAAGAUCAAUGGAAGGAAAGACCUUGCGGAAUUUUCAUUAGAAACCAUGAGACAAAUAAUUAUUGAGUCCCAGAUUAUUUUUCUUGUAGUAAAAAAAAAAAACAUCUUUAUGAAUCCAUUUUUAGCUAAUAAAAGGGAAACUGAAAUCCAGCACUGUUAUAUGGAUGCAGCCAUUUAAAGAAGUAGCAUAAUAGCAUCCAUAUUUUACAGUAUAUGGUUCUAAUUAUUUCUUCAACAUGCUUUAUAUCUGAAAAUAAAAAUUAAAGAUUUUAUUUUAACAUAUUUUUAUAAUGAAUAAUAGGAUUUUAUGAUCAUUUUUAUCACCAUGGAUUCUAAAAUAUUUUUAUAUGAUGAAAACCCCACUUUGUAAUGCUGUUAGCAUGUUUAUUUUGUAAUCUUGAUGUUUUGCAAGAUCAGUUGAAACGUAAAUUAUCAAGUUAUUUAAACGGAGGUGUUUUUAUAUUAGAUAGGAAACGUACAAAGCAUUGUGUGAAAAUUGAGCUUUUGCAGCUUAUCCAUUGCAGGCACAUAUUAAGUUUUUUCAUUCACGAGUUAGAAAGUGGCAUUUUUCACUCCUUUUCUGUGAAAAUCACAGUAUGACACCAUCAAUUUUUCUCUCAAGUGAGCAAAAGAAAAAUAAUUGAUAUAUGGAAUUCGACCAAGAACUUUGAAGUGGUUAGUAAAAAGUAAUAAGUGGUUGAAUUAAGGUUUUGAAUAAUUGUAAUAGAGUUUACCUGGAAGGCAGAAAGGGAGUUUGUGGUUUGAGAUUAAAGAAUGACGUACUUUCUGUACCUUUGGUUGUGGUAAGAUGUUCUAGAAUGGCCUUGAGGUUGACACUUUGCUUUAUGUCAAAGCACCACAUAAAGGUCACAAAACAAAAUAAGUUGUACUUAAUAAGCUAAGAGACAUGCAUAUCAAAACCUCAUUCUGUUCUAUAGCAGUAUGCCACGUAAUCUUGUGAUGUGGCCAUAAUGUAGUUUUUUUUUUUUUUUUUUUUUUUUUUUUUUUUUUUUUUUUUUGUAAAUGCUAAUAUUCUUUAACUUAGUAUUUACAAUAUGUGUUAUCGUUUGGUGUAUAAGAUAAGUCUGAGUUGUUGAAAAAAAUUCCAAUGUCAGUCCAAUUUUUAAACAAGUUGGUUUCUUGUAUAUUUAGGGCUUAUUUUAAAAGAAUAAGACAGCAAAGGCAUGUCCAAAGUUUACCCCCAGUCAUGUGUGGGGGUAUUUUUUCCUCCAUCUCAUCAUUGUUUUUGAGACUGUUGGAUUUUAAUGUAACAAGAAUUGAGUUGUUCCAGGUGUAACAUUCAAGGUAAAAAUCCUAGAAUUAUAAGUUUUUUUUUACCUCAAAGGCUGUAAUAAUUUUCCUUUUGUUUUUACGGUAAAUGCAGGUAUGCUUUGCAUCUCUCUGUGUUACAUAAAUUGUGUCAUACAUAAUCAUUCAUAUUUUUAUAUAAUGGCUUUUAUCCUGAAGCUUUCGUAAGGGUAAUGGAGACUACUUGUAUUCUAUAUUAUAUACUUUUUAUCUAAUGCAUGAUUUGUCAUAAAAUAGCUUUGUUUAUUUUUUCGUGUAUCUUUUUCUGUUUUCAAGACGGGUACAUUGUAAUAAGAAUAUUCAUUUUUCUGAGAUAAAAUUUUGACGUAGGUGGUGCACAUAUCUAGAAAAUCGUGGUGCAAGUUUUAACGAACAUAAAUACUUUAAAGUAAAAAAAAAUAUUUUCAUGUGUCUAAGACUUUGAUUUGAUUGGUAAAAUACAGUACAAAUGUUUACCUUUGAGCCAAGCUUAAAAAGUGAAUUUAACGGCUAUUCAUCAUGGCAGUACAAUCUUAUUAUAAUUAACAGUUAGAAAGAAGUUUUUAUCAGCAUUGUUAUACCAUCGGUGAACUGUUCUAAUGCAGUACAACACACCAGUUUGUGAUAAAAGUGUUCAUCUAACACAUACCGUUGCAAUACGUCUUAUCUGUGCUUUGAUAAAUUUAUUUAUCGCAA